UCUCUCUCUCUCUCCUCUUCAUCAAUGGCUCUAGCCGGAAAAGUACCUUAGCGUCUGAGAAAAAGGUAUAAUUUUUUAUCUCCGGUUCAUCUCCGUAUCGGAAUGUCGCUGCAUAUAGGGGUAUCGAUGGAGAUGAGAUACCCAUUUCAAUCGAUUCGUGCUCCAGUCCGAUGCGGUUGUUCGAUUUAUUGGAAUCUCAAAGAACCUUUGAGUUUGAGAAUAUCCAAAUCACUUGCUUCUUUAAAUUCUAUUAGAGGAUUGGAGUUGAAAUCUGUAGGUUCAUCAUUGUGCAAUGUGUUUGAGAUUCAUAGCAGAGAAGUCAAUCCAAGUUGUUUUGAGGUGAAGGCUAUGGAUAAAGAUACUGAAGCUGAUAGUGAUAGGAAGGUUAUUAAAGAAGAGGAGAGGAGAAGGAAGAUUGGAUUAGCAAAUAAAGGAAAGGUUCCAUGGAACAAAGGAAGGAAACACACUGAAGAUACUCGAAGACGAAUCAAGCAGAGAACAAUCGAAGCUUUGAGAAAUCCCAAGGUUCGGAAGAAGAUGUCUGACCAUCAAAAACCACACAGUGAUGAAACCAAGGAGAAGAUAAGGGCUUCAGUGAAACAAGUUUGGGCACAACGGUCAAGAUCUAAGCGAUUAAAGGAGAAGUUCGCGUCAUUAUGGUCAGAAAACAUUGCAGAAGCUGCAAGGAAAGGAGGAAGUGGUGAAGUAGAACUCGAGUGGGACAGUUACGAAAGCCAAUUUACACUGCAAAUUCUUACCAUCAACCACCUUCAUAGGCUCAGCAAGAGCAGCCUGAGCACCUUCAGCAGUCUUGUAAACAAACAACGCAAAACCCCUUGA